AUGAACGAAUAAGGCAGGUAUAGUAAAUUAAGUGAAGAGGAAGCAGCUGCUUAAUUUGAAUUGAGGUAAUGAUUGUGAUUUACUUAAGAAAAUAAUAAAUAAUGGGCAAUUUGUUGGAAUAAUAUGAGAGUAGCCAAAAAAAUAAAAAGUCAUCCAAAAUAUCAAAACCAUAAGAAACAAAUCAAUAGGAAUUCAUUGUGUUCAACCCUAAGAAAACAUAGUUGAAGAACCCGAAACAGAAAUCAAAGCAAUUGAAACUUGUUAAAGAAGAAUCUCCACAAUAGAAUUCUACUCCUUCUCCAGAAGUAGAUGUGGAAAAGACUUAAUAAAUCGUGGUGCCAACUCCAAUUGCGUAAACUCCCUCUAUUGUUAAAAUUGAUAGUGCAAACUAAAAAAAAAUAUUGUUGAAAGAUAUUGGAAAUAUAGAUUUGGAAAUACAAAGAUUAACAAGAGAAACAAAGGAUUUUGAAAUGGAUAAAUUAGCAAAUAAGUCUUAGUUUUCUUAUUAAUCUUAAAGCACCAAAGAAGCUGCUUCUAGGAACAAUCCUCGACAGACUUCAUCUUAGCAAUAAUAACAAUCUAAAGUAUAUUAUGAAUUAAGACAAAGACCAUCAAGUAAAGAAUCCCGCAUUUCUGAAUCAUCUUAUACAAGAAAAGCAGAAUGUUUUAAGGGAGUUCUAAGAAGUUCAAGCUUAAAAAAGCUACCUUAAUAAUAAUAAUAAUAAUAAUAAUAAUAAUAACAAUAAUUACAAUAAUAAUAAUAAUAAUAAUAAUAAAAAGAAUAAUACAAAAAUUAAAAUUUAUCUUAAUAAAAAAAUCCAAAUGAAAAGUAAACUGUGAACAAAACAGUAACAAUAGAGUCAGAAAAUAAAGAACCAACAAAUAAGAUUUCAUAAAGUGAACGCAAAGUACCUAGACCAAUGAUCUAAAUCAAUAGAAGUUAAUCAAAAUAAGAUUCACCUUAUGUUGAUAAAAAAACAACUCCGGUAAAGUCCAUGUUGAAAGUGUAAUUUAAUUCAAUUCCAAUCGGAUCAAAUACCACUAAAAAUAACAGUGCAUCCUAUGUAUGAUUCAAUCAAUUAUCUUAGUUUCAUCACCAUAAAGAAUCUUACAAUAGUUAAACUAGUUUUCAAAAAAAUAAAUGCGUUGAAGCAUAAAUAGAAGAAGCCUUUUAAUUAUACAAUAAUCUAAAGUUCUUAAUGUAGAGUAAAUCUAGUGUUUUAUAGGUCAGAAAAGAUGGAAAUUAGAUGCCUAGAAAAACCGUUGAUUUUUUUGUAAUAAUUUAUCAUUUAUUCAUAGUAACAUAAAGAAAUAGCUAAACCAACUUUAUUCUGA